AGUUAAGUUGGGUCCUUGAUCCGAGCCUCGAGUCCCAGCCAGGAGGCGCCUAACGGGGCGGCGGGACGCGCUCCCCCGUCCCGUGCGCCAAGUGCGCCCCUCCUGGGGCCCGCUGGAGCUCGGAGCCGAGCGCGCUGGCUGCGCGGCCCCGGGGCGUUCUCGGUGUGCUGGCCGGUGGCGAGCGAGGCUCCAGUGGCCGCACGCUGGGAGGAGGCUGGAUCCCAGUAAGGAAGAAUGGAAUUGGCGACACGCUACCAGAUCCCUAAAGAAGUGGCUGACAUCUUUAACGCCCCCAGUGAUGAUGAAGAGUUUGUGGGUUUCCGUGAUGAUGUUCCCAUGGAAACUCUCUCCUCUGAGGAAAGCUGUGAUAGUUUUGACUCCCUGGAGUCAGGGAAACAGCAGGAUGUGCGUUUCCAUUCUAAAUACUUCACAGAAGAGCUACGAAGAAUUUUUAUAGAGGACACUGACUCAGAGGCUGAAGAUUUUGAAGGAUUUACGCAGAGCGAUCUGAACAUAAAGAGUAACCCAGAACUCAUGGAGUCGGACUUGAGUGACAAUGGCAAAGCAUCUUUGGUGAGUGAGGAAGAGGAAGGUGAAGAAGAAGAAGAGCCUACACUGAGGAGGAGAAGGUCCGCAAGAAGCAGUAUUGGUCUCCGGGUAGCCUUUCAGUUCCCUACCAAGAAGUUGGCCAACCAACCAGAUAAAAACAGUUCUUCAGAGCAGUUGUUUUCUAACUCACACUUACAGAAUGAUAAUAAACCAAUUUCUGGAAGAAACAAAGGUCUUAGGCAGGGGACGGAAAGGGAAGAUUCUGCCUCUGAGUCUGAGGACGACUCCAGGGAUGAGAGCCAGGAGGGUUCAGAUGCCCUGCUGAGAAGGACCAUGAACAUCAAGGAGAACAAAGCUGUGCUUGCUCAGUUACUGGCAGAACUGAACUCGGUGCCAGACUUAUUCCCAGCACGAACCCCGACCUCAGCUUCUAAGAAGAAAACAGUGAGGCGGGCUUUCUCCGAGGGACAGAUCCCACGGCGCAUGAACCCGACCCGAAGUGCGCGGCCUCCUGAGAAGUUUGCUCUAGAGAACUUCACUGUCUCGGGGGCCAAGUUUGCAGAAGAGUUUUACAGGUUCAGAAGAAGGAAGACGAUUAGUGGGGGGAAAUGCCAGUAUAGACGACGUCACCGUGUAUCAUCUUUUCGGCCAGUGGAGGAUAUCACUGAAGAGGAUUUAGAAAAUGUCGCCAUAACUGUUCGCGAUAAAAUCUAUGAUAAAGUUCUGGGUAACACGUGCCAUCAGUGUCGGCAGAAGACCAUCGACACCAAGACAGUGUGCCGGAACCAGGGCUGUGGCGGUGUGCGAGGACAAUUCUGUGGGCCCUGCCUGCGGAACCGCUACGGGGAGGAUGUGAGGUCGGCUUUGCUGGACCCGGCGUGGGUGUGUCCUCCCUGCCGUGGGAUCUGCAACUGCAGUUACUGUCGGAGGCGCGAUGGCCGCUGUGCUACAGGGAUCCUCAUUCAUCUGGCCAAGUUUUAUGGUUAUGAUAACGUAAAGGAAUACCUGGAGAGCUUACAAAAGCAGCUGGUAGAAGAUAAUUAAGAGAAAAAAGAUCCGGCCAACUCGCCUUUAGAGACCUCCAACAAGACAUGAAUACCAUUUGUGCCUAAGAUUUUUACUGUUGUGUUUUGUGAAAUGCUUUGUAGA